AUGGAGGGCAGGCCAGGGGAAGAUGGAGGGCAGGCCAGGGGAAGAUGGAGGGCAGGCCAGGGGAAGAUGGAGGGCAGGCAGGGGAAGAUGGAGUGCAGGCCAGGGGAAGAUGGAGGGCAGGCCAGGGGAAGAUGGAGGGCAGGCCAGGGGAAGAUGGAGGGCAGGCCAGGGGAAGAUGGAGGGCAGGCCAGGGGAAGAUGGAGGGCAGGCCAGGGGAAGAUGGAGGGCAGGCCAGGGGAAGAUGGAGGGCAGGCCAGGGGAAGAUGGAGGGCAGGCCAGGGGAAGAUGGAGGGCAGGCCGGGGGAAGAUGGAGGGCAGGCCAGGGGAAGAUGGAGGGCAGGCCAGGGGAAGAUGGAGGGCAGGCCAGGGGAAGAUGGAGGAACAUCUGGAUCGGCCCCCAGCCCUUCCCAUCAGUCUCAGCCCCCAGGCCUUCCAUCAGUCUCAUCCCCCAGGCCUUCCAUCAGUCUCAGCCCCCAGGCCUCCCAUCAGUCUCAGCCCCCAGGCCUCCCAUCAGUCUCAGCCCCCAGCCCUUCCAUCAGUCUCAUCCCCCAGGCCUUCCAUCAGUCUCAGCCCCCAGGCCUCCCAUCAGUCUCAGCCCCCAGGCCUCCCAUCAGUCUCAGCCCCCAGCCCUUCCAUCAGUCUCAGCCCCCAGCCCUUCCAUCAGUCUCAGCCCCCAGGCCUCCCAUCAGUCUCAGCCCCCAGGCCUCCCAUCAGUCUCAGCCCCCAGGCCUCCCAUCAGUCUCAGACCCCAAGCCCUUCCAUCAGUCUCAGCCCCCAGCCCUUCCAUCAGUCUCAGCCCCCAGGCCUCCCAUCAGUCUCAGCCCCCAGCCCUUCCAUCAGUCUCAGCCCCCAGCCCUUCCAUCAGUCUCAGCCCCCAGGCCUCCCAUCAGUCUCAGCCCCCAGGCCUUCCAUCAGUCUCAGCCCCCAGGCCUCCCAUCAGUCUCAGCCCCCAGGCCUCCCAUCAGUCUCAGCCCCCAGCCCUUCCAUCAGUCUCAGUCUCAGCCCCCAGCCCUUCCAUCAGUCUCAGCCCCCAGGCCUCCCAUCAGUCUCAGUCUCAGCCCCCAGGCCUCCCAUCAGUCUCAGCCCCCAGGCCUCCCAUCAGUCUCAUCCCCCAGGCCUCCCAUCAGUCUCAUCCCCAGGCCUUCCAUCCCCCAGGCCUUCAUCAGUCUCAGCCCCCAGGCCUCCCAUCAGUCUCUACCAUCAGCACCACCACAGAGCACCACUACGGAGCACCACUAUGGAGCACCACUACAGAUUACCACUACUGAGCACCACCUCAGAGCACCACUAUGGAGCACCACUAUGGAGCAACACUAUGGAGCACCACCAUGGAGCACCACACGGAGCACCACCAUGGAGCACCACUACAAAGCACCACUGCAGAGCACCACCAUGGAGCACCACUAUGGAGCACCUACAGCACCACCACUACUGAGCACCACCUCAGAGCACCACUAUGGAGCACCACUAUGGAGCAACACUACGGAGCACCACCAUGGAGCACCACUACGGAGCACCACCAUGGAGCACCACUACAAAGCACCACUGCAGAGCACCACCAUGGAGCACCACCACGGAGCACCACUACGGAGAACCACUACGGAGCGCCACACAAACAGGAAAUUACAGGCACAGUGA